GUGAGGGGAGGGGCAGGAGGGAAGCAGCCGGAAGGAUGCUGCUACAGGGAAAAGGAAUCGGUUUUCUUAAGGGUGAUGAGUGUCUGCACGCCGUGUGUGUGGUCCUUCUUGCACUUAAAAUAGCUGUGUGUCACCUUUGCAGAGAGGUUUGGCCUGCGGUUGAACUUGAGAUGAAACGUACCAAAGAAUUCCUGCUGGAGUGGCUCCUAGGCUAGGCUGUAACAGUACUCUGCUCCUGGCUCCGGAUAGUGUGGAUGUGGGAGCUGUCCGAGUGGAAGGGUUCAACUACGUGGGCAUGGGCAACUCCACCAACAAGAAGGACGCACAGAGCAACGCUGCCCGAGACUUCAUCAACUACCUGGUGCGGGUGAACGAGAUGAAGAAGGAUGAAGUCCCUGCUUUUGGACCAGCCCCAGGUGACACCCCCGAUGGAGCACAGGAAGCAGCUAGAGAUGUCACUGGUUCCAGUUCAGCUCUGGGAGGACCCCUUCCUCCACAUUUGCUUUUAAAAGGUGAAGUAGGCAAUGGCCCAGGUGCAGCACCUGGAAACUGUGGCAGUCGUGGAGCUCAGUGGGAUCAGGGUGCGAAUUUGCAAGAUUAUUAUUCAAGGAAAGAGGAGCAAGAAGGUCAGGAGACCUCAGAGUCAGAAGUGGACUUAAAUGCUGACCUUCAUGGGGGUUGGACCUUGGAAAAUGCCAAGGCACGUCUGAACCAGUUUUUCCAAAAGGAGAAGAUCCAGGAAGAAUAUAAAUACACUGAAAUGGGGCCUGAUCACAACAGGAGCUUUAACGCAGAAAUGACCAUUUAUGUGAAGCAGCUGGACAGAAGGAUCUUCAGCCGCGAGCACGGGUCCAACAAAAAGCUGGCAGCACAGUCCUGUGCCCUCUCCCUGGUCAGGCAGCUCUACCACCUCGGGGUCAUCGAGCCUUACUCUGGGCAGACAAAGAAGAAAGGAGAGUCGCUGGAACCCUAUGAGGUGUCACUGUCUCCUGACUUAGAAAAUCAGCUGCAAAAGACUGUCCGGGAGCUGUCCCUGGAGAUUGUGCCUUCGCCUGAAGAUCCCAGUAAUCCAGUUCUGAUCAACGUCAGAAAGUUGGCCCAAUUCGAACCAUCACAGAGACAAAGUCACACAGGAGUUGUUCCCUGGUCACCACCUCAUUCCAACUGGAACCCUUGGACUGGCUGCAAUAUUGAUGAGGGUCCUCUGGCAAAUCUCACUCCAGAGCAAAUAAGCAUGGAUCUGAAAAGUGAUUUCAUGUACCGUCUGGAGCAGGAUCAGGAAUUACAGAGGAUCCAAGAAGAGAGAGAGGCCUUACCUGUGAAGAAUUUUGAGAGUGAAAUUCUGGAUACAGUCCGUCAGAACUCUGUUGUUGUCAUCCGUGGUGCCACUGGUUGUGGCAAAACCACCCAGGUGCCCCAGUACAUCCUGGAUGAACACAUCAGAACCGGCCGGGCUGCCGAGUGCAACAUCGUGGUGACGCAGCCCCGGCGGAUCAGCGCGGUGUCGGUGGCAGAGCGCGUGUCCUACGAGCGGGGAGAGGAGCCGGGGCAGAGCUGCGGGUACAGCGUGCGCUUCGAGUCCGUGCUGCCUCGGCCCCACGCCAGCAUCAUGUUCUGCACCGUGGGUGUGCUUCUGAGAAAGGUGGAGACUGGGAUCCGUGGCAUUAGCCAUGUUAUUGUUGAUGAGAUCCAUGAGAGAGACAUUAAUACUGACUUCCUUUUGGUGGUGCUGAGGGAUGUCAUUCAGGCCUACCCUGAAAUCAGGGUUGUCCUCAUGUCUGCCACCAUUGACACUAGUAUGUUCUGUGAAUACUUCUUCAACUGUCCCAUCAUCGAGGUCUACGGCAGAACCUUUCCUGUCCAAGAUUAUUUUCUGGAAGAUUGUAUUCAAAUGACUCAGUUUGUUCCUCCACCAAAGGAGAAGAAGAAGAAAGAGAAGGAUGAAGAAAGUGGUGAAGAUGAUGACGCCAAUUGCAACCUUAUUUGCAGUGAUGAAUAUGGCCCCGAAACAAAGCACUCCAUGGCUCAGCUGAACGAGAGAGAAACCUCUUUUGAGCUCAUUGAGGCCCUGCUGAUUUAUAUCAAGACUCUGAAUGUCCCAGGAGCUGUCCUUGUUUUCUUGCCUGGCUGGAAUUUGAUCUAUACAAUGCAGAAGCAUCUAGAAAUGAACCCACGCUUUGGAGGCCACCAGUACAGGAUUUUACCUCUGCAUUCCCAAAUUCCUCUGGAAGAACAACGUCGAGUGUUUGAUCCCGUGCCUCCCGGAGUGACUAAAAUUAUUUUAUCCACCAGCAUUGCCGAGACCAGCAUUACCAUCAACGACGUGGUCUUUGUUAUUGACUCCUGCAAGCAAAAAGUGAAGCUGUUCACAGCUCACAACAACAUGACAAACUAUGCCACGGUCUGGGCAUCCAAAACCAACCUGGAGCAGCGCAAAGGCAGAGCUGGGCGUGUGCGGUCUGGGUUCUGCUUCCACCUGUGCAGCAGAGCUCGCUUUGAGAGACUGCAGACUCACAUGACACCCGAAAUGUUCCGGACGCCACUGCACGAGAUCGCUCUGAGCAUCAAACUGCUGCGGCUGGGCGGCAUCGGGCAGUUCCUGGCCAAGGCCAUCGAGCCGCCGCCCCUGGACGCGGUGAUCGAGGCGGAGCGCACGCUCAGAGAGCUGGAUGCCCUGGAUUCCAACGAUGAGUUGACACCUCUUGGAAGAAUCCUGGCCAAGCUUCCCAUUGAGCCUCGUCUGGGCAAGAUGAUGAUCAUGGGCUGCAUUUUUUACGUGGGAGAUGCUGUUUGUACCAUCUCUGCUGCCACCUGUUUCCCUGAGCCCUUCAUCAAUGAGGGCAAACGCCUGGGUUAUGUCCAUAGGAAUUUUGCUGGGACCAGGUACUCGGAUCACGUGGCUUUGCUCUCUGUCUUCCAGGCCUGGGACGAUGCAAGAAUGGGUGGUGAAGAAGCAGAGAAGAGGUUUUGUGAGCACAAAAGACUCAGCAUGGCCACUCUUAGAAUGACUUGGGAAGCAAAAGUCCAGCUGAAAGACAUACUUAUUAGUUCUGGCUUCCCUGAAGAGUGUUUGAUGACUCAGCCAUUCAACAACACUGGCCCAGAUAAUAACCUGGAUGUUGUCAUCUCCCUGCUGGCUUUUGGGGUCUACCCCAACGUCUGCUACCACAAGGAGAAAAGGAAAAUUCUUACCACGGAGGGGCACAACGCUCUCAUCCACAAAUCAUCUGUCAACUGCCCUUUCAGCAGCCAGGACAUCAAGUAUCCAUCACCCUUCUUCGUUUUUGGAGAAAAGAUUCGAACACGAGCCAUCUCUGCCAAAACCAUGACCUUGGUGAGCCCACUGCAGCUGCUCCUCUUUGCCUCCAAGAAAGUCCUGUCAGAUGGGGAGCUCAUUCUGGUGGAUGACUGGAUCAAGCUGCGGAUGCCGCACAUGCCGGCCGCCUGCAUCACGGCCCUGCGCGCCGCCGUGGAGGCCCUGGUGGUGGAGGUGACCAAAGAUCCCGCCAUCAUCCGGCAGCUGGACCCGGCACACGAGCGCAUGCUGACCGUCAUCCGGCAGCUCUCCAGGCCGGCGGCCGCGGGCAUGGCCCUCCUGGCUGCCAACACAAGGUUCGGGGACGGCCCCCGCCCCCCCAAGAUGACUCGCUACGACAACAGUGGCUCCAGGGGCUGGGGAGGCCCCCACAGGGGCCGAGGGUACGGCGGGUACGGAUACUCUGGAUACUCCGGCCGGCGCUCCAGAGCACGAGGAUACGCAGGGAGCCCCUACGGAGGUGGAGGCGGCUAUAGAGGAGCGGGAGGAGGGGGGUACCGAGGAGUGGGCGGGGGCUACCGGGGAGGCUACGGGGACCCGAGCAGGGCCGGCUGGUAGUGGUGGAAGUGCAGUGAAGUCUUUCCAGGGACUUCCUCUCCCAAAUUCCUCUCUUCCUCUUCCCAGUCUGUUUGCCGUUUUGGUUCCUUAGUACCAGUACAGCUCUGUAACAUAUCAUGCCCUUAGGGAACUUCCUGCAAGUUGUAUGAUUUUGUUCUUAAUAAAGAGUUUGUUUGUAAAGACUUA